GCUCUCCACUUGCUCUGUUCGGCUGUUCCUUUAGUGGCGGCCGCCGCACCCGAGGCCAAGGCGACCGGCGAGGUCGCGCCCAAGGAGUGCUCGGAGCACCCUCUGGCCGCUGCCGAUUGACACGCUCGGCGCGCUCGACGCCGCGGGCCAGGCGAGGCCGCGCCCAAGGAGUGUUCGGCGCGCGCCUACCUCCCGUUCGCUAAGGACAAGGCCGCGGCGCUGCCGGAGCUCGCCCUCGCGCCCGCGGAGAAAGACGCUGUCGCCUCCGCGGCCGAGGUUGACAGGAAGCCUUACCUUGACGCCGGAAGCAACAACGGUGCGCUAGACUCGCGGAGAGACGUCCAAGGAGGUUUCUGCUCCAUCCACCCCUGACCCGAUCCAUUGCCAUCUAUACCCAAAACCCUCCCUGUGCGUAGGCUGCGGUGGUGCAUUCCGUGCCCAGUGGUGUCCUGCUCCCCUCUGCUCGGCGCGGUGAGGUCAUAACAGCAGUAAAAGAGUGAACAAAGUGGCAGCAAAACUUAGGAAGGAUGACAAAGAAGGGGUCGAAAAAGGUGGAUGAUGUGCCCCAUCAACAGGAAAAUAAGCUUCCAGACUACCUCGACCUCCAGCGCACCCGUGUUGUCUGCAAGGCUGAUGCCCCCAUUCAUACUCAAGGUUUCCAAUACUCGGGUGCUUUUGCUGCUAUGGGGGUUGAUAAUAGCGUGUCAGUAGAGAAAUUUUGCAAGGAUUUUAAGAUCGAGAUAAUUCGACUCACAGAAGAUGAUAUGGAGUUCGAUAUGAUUGGUGUUGAUGCAUCGAUAGCUAAUGCUUUCCGGAGAAUCCUCAUCGCAGAGGUUCCUACUAUGGCAAUUGAGAAAAUCUUCAUGGUUGACAACACUUCAGUUAUCGCAGAUGAGGUUCUUUCACAUAGACUAGGGCUUAUUCCACUUGAUGCAGAUCCAAGGCUUUUUGAUUAUAUCUCAGAAAACGAUGUCCCAAAUGAAAGGAACACUAUUGUGUAUAAACUGCAUGUUUCAUGUGAAAAGGGUUCUCAACGAAUUACAGUGAAAUCUGGUGAACUAGAGUGGUUGCCAGAAGGUAGCCAAUUAAGUAUGUCAUCUCCUGCGCAGUCUGGGGACAAACAGAAGACCUUCACUUCCUUCAGCCAAAGCCAAAACAAGAUCUCAGAAAAGCCUCUUGGCGUGAAGUUUAAAGAUAUAACUAUUGCCAGACUUGGGCCAGGACAGGCUAUUGAACUUGAGGCGCAUGCUGUUAAGGGAGUUGGGAAAGUUCAUGCCAAGUGGUCUCCAGUUGCUACAGCUUGGUACAGAAUGCUCCCUGAGGUUGUUCUUCUCAAAGAAAUUGAAGGUGAUGAUGCGGAAGAGCUUGUGAUGAAGUGCCCAGUUAAUGUUUUUGACAUUGAAGACCUGGGAAAUGGUGGAAAGAGGGCAGUUGUUGCAAAGCCAAGGGCAUGCACACUCUGUAGGGAAUGUGUCAUGGGACCGAUUGGGGAACAAAUUGAACUAAGGCGUAUUAGAGACCAUUUCAUCUUCACCAUCGAGUCCACUGGAGCUCUGCCCCCGGAGGUGCUGUUCACAGAAGCCGUGAAGAUUUUAGAAGAGAAGUGCGAGAGGGUUAUUUCUGAGCUGUCUUGAGAAGCUGACACGACAAUGGAGUAAACCAGCGGUCUGUGGUGGGACUAGUGCGAUCAAACAUUUCUGUGGUGGUUGUUUAGCUGAAGAAAUGAGAGCUGAACUAGUAUUAUCGUGCUACGAAAUAGCCUGUAAUGUUCGGUUGCAUGGUAAUACCCAAGCGUAAUGUAGGUUAAACUGUGACGGUGAAUCAACUGGCAACACAGACAUUGUAGGCAUGAAAUAGAAUUGUACCACUAUCUAUCGAAAUGGCGGUUGCGCCGCAGUCAAAAAUUCGGAUCAACAGAACCAA